AUGUCCGUUCCUAUUGUGCCAACAGAUUUUGCUCACGCUCCAAAAUUGGAACAAUUGAAGAAUGAAUUUGUGGAAUGUUAUGAUACAGAUGAUUCCAGGAAGUUUUUUAUAACCAGAUCUCCUGGUAGAGUUAAUUUGAUUGGUGAACAUAUCGAUUAUUGUCAGUUUUCAGUGUUGCCAAUGGCUAUUGAAAACGAUUUGAUGCUAGCGUGCCGCUUAACUUCUGAAAGCGAGAAUCCAUCCAUUACUUUGACUAAUCAUGAUAGCAAUUUUGCUCAGCGUAAGUUCGACUUACCAUUGGAUGGAUCCUUGAUUGAAAUUGACCCAUCAGUGUCAGACUGGUCCAAUUAUUUCAAGUGUGGCCUCCUAGUCGCUCAACAAUUCUUACAAGAGAAAUACAACUUCAAGGGUCCAGUUCAUGGUAUGGAAAUCUACGUCAAGGGUGACAUUCCUAGCGGUGGUGGUUUGUCUUCAAGUGCUGCCUUCAUCUGUGCGGUUUCUUUGGCAAUCAUAUACUCUAAUGUUCCUGCAGGAACGCCAAUCCUCAAGGAUGAAUUGACAAAGACUACAGCUGUAGCGGAACAUCAUGUCGGUGUUAAUAACGGUGGUAUGGAUCAAGCAGCCUCCAUUUGUGGUAUCGAGGGUCACGCUUUGUACGUGGAGUUCAAACCAGAAUUGAAGGCUACUCCGUUCAAGUUCCCAGAAGAUUUGCCAAUUUCCUUCUUGAUUGCGAACACUCUUGUGGUUAGUAAUAAGGCGGAAACCGGACCUGUCAAUUAUAAUUUGAGAGUUGUUGAAGUCACCGUCGCUGCUAACGUUUUGGCUCAGAAAUUCGGUGUUACCUUACAAACUGAAGGUAACCUAGGUAAGGGUACCCUAAGAAACUUUAUGGAUUCAUAUUACACGAAAUAUGACAAAUCGUGCCGUAAGCCAUGGGAUGGCGAAAUUCAAACUGGUAUCGAAAGAUUGAAUAAAAUGUUGCAACUAGUAGAAGAAACCUUAGACCCGAAUGGAUACACCCUAGAUCACGCCGUUGAACUGUGCGGGUGUGAAUCUAUCUCUCAGUUCACUGAACUAUAUCUAACUAACUUUCCUGUUCGUUUCCAAAGAUUGAAGUUAUUUCAACGUGCUAAGCAUGUUUAUUCGGAGGCUUUGAGAGUCUUGAAGGCCUUACAAUUGUUCCAAAAAGGUGAAUCCAAUUUCUUCGAAGAAUUUGGUGCCCUAAUGAAUGAAUCGCAGGAAUCUUGUGACAAAUUAUACGAAUGUUCUUGCCCAGAGACCGAUUCCAUUUGUGAAAUUGCUUUGAAGAAUGGUUCUUUCGGUUCUCGUUUGACUGGUGCCGGUUGGGGUGGUUGUACAGUACACUUAUGUUCUACUGACACUGUUGACUCUGUCAAGAGUGCAUUGACUGAACAAUAUUACAACUUGAGAUUUCCAGAAUUGACUGCAGAAGAACUAGAAGAUGCUAUAAUCAUUUCCAAACCAAGUCUGGGUAGUGUCUUAUAUGAAUAG